AUGUCUUGGGACGACGAAGAUUUUGAUAUUCCUACAAGCAGCAAACCAGCUGCCAACUCUUGGGAAGAAGAAGUUGAAGAUGAGCCCUUAAUGGACUCGUGGGACGUUGAUGAAGAAGCAGAGGCUAAGAAGAAGAAAGCUGAGGAAGAGAAGAAAAAGGCCGAGUUGAAGAAAAAGCAAGAGGAGGCCAAAGCUAAGAAGUUGGCGGCAAAGUCAGGUGCCCCAAAACUUAUGGAAAUUGACAUGGUUGAUGAGGAAACAAGAAAAGAGUUGUUGAGACAAGCCGAGUUGGAAGCUGACUUGAACAAUGCUGCUGACUUGUUUGGAGGUUUGGGCGUUGCUGAUGACGUGAAUGCUCAUCCAAGGGAGAAGUUGACUAUCCCAGUGAAAAAGAGCUCGGGUUUCAACAAAGAUACACCCUUGACUGAACACCCAUUGUUUCAGCCAACAAACAAGCAAGAGUUCGAAAAGUUGAGAAAGACUUUAGGCCCAAUCUUGAGCGGGUUAGCCGAAGAUUCUUUGAUGAACUACUCCUCUUCCUUGGCUAUUGAUUUGAUCAGAGAUCUUGUUCAACCUUUGAGCGUGGAAAAUGUUAGAAAAGUCAUUUCUACUUUGAAUGUCACACUUAAGGACAAGGAAAGACAAGAAAGACAAGCUAGAUUGCAAAAGAGUGGUGGCACUGCCACAGGAGGUGCAGGUAAGAAGAAGGCAAAACCAUUGGUGAAGACCAAUGUUAACAACACAGCUUUCAAGAAGGACGUCUACGAUGAUAUGGACGCAAACUACGACGACUUUGGCGAUGACGACUUCAUGUAA